AUGUGGUAUGAAGAGAGGUGUAAAAAUACCAAACUGGAUGGGUACCCUAAAUUUGCUUCAUGUUGCCAGGAAGGAAAGAUUUUAUUGCCGAAAUUGUUAGAUGCUCCAGAACCAUUAAAAACACUGCUGGAUUAUGAACAACCUGGAUCAUCAAAAUUCAAAGAUGAUAUUAGGACUUACAAUAGCAUGUUUUGGUUCACAUCUUUUGGGGCAAAAAUAGAUCAUUCUAUAAACCAAGGCAGAAAUUUAUACACAUUUAGAAUAAGUGGCCAAAAUUACCAUCGGAUAGGAUCUUUGUUACCUGUUGAAGGAGAACAACCAAGAUAUGCACAACUUUAUUUUUAUGAUACUGCAAAUGAAACCAGGAACCGGAUGUCCGCGUUCAUGUCCCGUGAUGGGACCACCCAAAGAGUAGACGAGGUAAUAGUAGCUCAGCUGAUUCAGAUGUUGGACAAUCACAGUUCUCUUUCCAGAGCCUUUCGUAUGGCACAAGAUUGGUGUGUGCAAAAUAAUAAUAACUGUGAGCUUCGUUUGUUAGGCCAGAGAAUUGAUAUGAGACAAUAUAAUAAACCUACUGUUUCUGAAGUUGCGGUCUUGAUUACAAAUGAUUUUGGUGAGAAUACAGAACCAAGGGAUAUUAUUGUUAGUCCAAAGAAUGGCGGUCUGAGGAGAAUCUCUGAAUUGCAUCAACUUUAUAUGGCAUUACAAUACCCUCUAUUGUUCCCUUAUGGAGAAACCGGGUAUCAUCCUCAGAUACCAUAUCAUAAAAACACAGGAAGGCGAAAAACAAAACGGAAUACUGAAGAACGACUGAGAUGGACCCGGAAUCAUCAACCACAGUUGCGUGCAGAACUCUAUAACAAUAUAUGUGAUGCUGUCACAAAAGGAGAUACACAGGCUGCCGUAGUUGGCAAGCGGAUAGUUUUGCAAGCAACCUUCACAGGCAGCCCAAGGUAUAUGGUUCAAUAUUACCAAGAUGCCAUGGCUCUAUGUCGUACUUUUGGAAACCCUGAUUUGUUUAUAACCUUUACGGCAAAUCCAAAAUGGCCAGAGGUAGAUGCAAUGAUAUCUUUAAUCAAAGGCCAACAAUCAUAUGAUCGAUCAGAGACAGUCACCAGGGUUUUUAAAAUGAAAUUGGAUCUGUUGAUGGAAGACAUUAUGCGGAAAAACAUAUUUGGUCAAUGUCAAGCAGGUGUGUAUACUAUUGAAUUUCAAAAACGUGGCCUUCCUCAUGCACAUAUUUUAAUUUGGCUUGGCCCUGAAACAAAAUGUGAUACACCCGACCAAAUAGAUGAUGUUAUAUCCGCAGAGAUGCCUUUGGAAAGUGAUGAUCCAGAGUUAUAUGAAGUUGUAACAGAGUUUAUGUUACAUGGUCCUUGCGGUGCUGAUUCACCAAAUGCUUCAUGUACAGAAGAAGGAAAAUGCAAAAAACACUUCCCAAGACCAUUUUAUCAGGAAACCACAAUUGAUGGAGAAGGCUACCCGGUUUAUCGACGACGAAAUAAUAAGGUGUUUGUGCAGAAAGGUAAGACAAAAAUUCACAAUGGUUUUGUUGUACCAUACAAUCGGUAUCUGUUGCUUAAGUAUAAAGCACACAUUAAUGUUGAAUGGUGCAAUCGAUCCCGAGCAAUAAAGUAUCUGUUCAAGUAUCUUAACAAAGGCCCUGACAGAGCUACAAUAGUUAUAGCAGAAAAUGUUACAGUUGAUAUCCAAUCAAAUACCGAGAAUAAUGUCACUAUCGAUGAGAUCAAGAACUACUUGGACUGCCGAUACUUAUCACCAUGUGAAGCAGUUUGGCGAAUGGCUGCAUUCCCUAUCCACUAUUCUUAUCCAUCAUUGAUAAGCCUCACCUUUCACCUACCUGAACAACAAAUGGUCACCCUUCGUGAUUCAGAAAGUCUUCGUCGUGUAGUAAACCGUGAAGGAAUUGAAAAAACCAUGUUUACCCAGUGGUUUGAGUUAAACAAGGAAGAUUCAAGAGCGCGUGCAUAUACAUUGUGA